AUGUCUGUAUUGCCGUCGUGUUUAGGCCCCGUGGGAUGGGGUGCGCUGCAUCACAGCAAGCGGUUUGUAUCCACCAAACUGGCACGCCUUUACACAAUGGAACUCAAUAAAGCCCGCAGCGACUACCGGCGCACGCCCACACGGAUGCAGCAGGAAGAGUGCCUUCGUAUCGUCACGGGUACGCCACUGCACUGUAUUCAGGGUCUCGAUGGUAAAACCGUCGCACACUGUCUCUCCACCCUGGUUAUACUGGACGCCCCGCGAGAUUUGGCCAUGUUGCACGACUGCGCCGUUUGGCUUUCUGUUCACCCCGACGCCUUCUCUCUGCACUCGCUUGCACAGUCCCUCUACUCACUGGUUUGUCUAGAGUACCCUGACACUGCCACCGUCCUGCGGGCCGUGCAAGACCGCGUCCUCGCUGCCGCAAAUGACAUGGCUCCAAGCAGUCUCUGUAUGCUGCUUGCCUCCGUGCUGACUGCGACCAUCGCUGCCGAUGGUGCGGCGCAGGGUCCUGUUGAUUUGUCAAACCAGCUCACGGAGCGCCUGUUGCGCGCCGUGAAUGAAGGAUUGGGCGUAACAGAGAAGGUGAUGAUCGCGGUUGCCCUCGGGAAACUGCUUGGGCAGGCGUCAACGAGUGGCGUCCUAUCUAGCCAUCUCUUAUCGCAGCUCUCCGCCGCCGUGUGGGUAAGCAUUCCGGGGGCUGAGUUGUCAGUCAUCUCACUGGCGGAUCUCGUAGGACUUUUUUCCGCUCUGCACACCGCACCGCCUUCUAUCCGAGAACUCGCUGAAGCAGCACUCCUCGAGGAGCUGAAGCUUCGUGUGGAAAAGGAGCCGCUGGUCUCUGCGAGGAGCGCUGUUCUCAUGGCACGUGUUCUCAAGCUUCUUGUGAAGAGUAGCAGUCCCGUUGGCGAGUCUCUGCGAGAGGCUGUGGGGGCCGCUAUUGAGGCCUACAUUGCCAGUGAUGCGGCCGCGCUCGAUACGACAACAAAGUUGCUGGCGGAACUCGCCGACGUGGGCGAAGAAACGACGACGUUGAUCUCACCAUCGUUACAGCGGUAUUUGGUUCAAGCCAUCAAUGAACGACGGGAAAAGUGGAGUGCCGAGUCGGUGCAUGUGGUGUUGAGGGUUUUUAACAGGAUGGACGCGGUUCGCGCCGACGCCCAGGCCCUCGCCACACAGUGUGUAGAUGUUAUUCAGGCAAAGCGUGUGGCGGGAGCACCGGUGAGUGCAAGCGACAUUGCGGCGCUUCUCGUGGAGGGGAUUGUGGACCCCCACGCCGAGGUUUUAGCCUCAGCCGUCGCCAGUAACAUUGACCGAUGGAGUGUUUCAAAUGUCCUGACCUUUUUGCGUGCCGCCUCCGAGGUAAGUGGAAAGCCGACCCGGGCCAUUAUGCGAGACGUGGCAUCCAAACUUAUGCCAUACAUUGAAAAGGCGACGGCCGCUCAGGUCGCAGCUGUAAUUGCAUCCUACGGGCGAGCGCGUGUGCGCAACGAUGCUUUUUGCGCCGCCAUCACGAAUAGGGCGGCGGUCUUGUCCGCCGAGCUGACACUGUACCAGGUGGGUACCAUUCUUGGAGGCCUAGCGGCGGUUGAAUACCGUGACACCAAACUGUUUGUGGAUUUGGCGCCCCUUGUGGUCGCACACGCCCCCACUGCUGACGCCACGUUAACUGCCAACUUACUGGCCGCCUACUCAAAGAUGCUGAUCUGGAAUUUUAGGGUGAUUUGGUCCCUCGCUGAGCGCGCCGCGGUGAUCCAUGAGCAGCUUUCCAUCCCGCAAGCGCUAGCUGUGGUGAUGUCACUAAAUCGAAUGGACGUUCAGCACCAAGAGUUAAUGAAUGUCCUCUUGCAGAAAGUCAUGCGCUAUGCAUCGGACAACGCAACGCUUUCGAUUACCGAGGCUGUUAUGAUACUAAGCGCCUUCUCACGAAGUGGGGUAUGGGAUGUGGGUUUUUUUGAGACUCUUGGCAAACGAAUUGUACGGGAUCAGCAGCAACUGACACCAGAUGAACUUGCAGAGACACUCAUGUCUUUUGCACGGGUGGGCCUUGCGAAGUACAACAUUUUUGAGGAGCUUACGUUGCGUGCACUCGCUAUGGCGCCGACUAGCCCGCUCAUGCCGUUGGCACAUAUAACUGUGGCGUACGCCAUUGUGGGCUGCCGCCAUGAAGAACUCUUUUCCAUCAUUGCAGAUCGUUUUGUGAAUCAAAAAGCAGAGAUACCUGCAGUGACCAUCGCCUCUGUGCUGAGUGCCUUUGCAUCUAUCGGCAUCCGCAAUGAUCGACUGUUCAUUGAGUCUAUCCCGCGCGUGCGCCACGUUGGACAAUAUGGGACUCCCAAAGACAUUACGAAUGUGGUCUACGCCUACGCGCAGGUUGGCUUGUGGCACUACAAGCUGUUUGUGCGAUUGGCGGACCGUGCCAUUCAAUUGCGUGGUGAAUUUCGCUGUGACCACCUUGCACGUCUGCUGGAGGCGUACGCGCGUGUGGACAUGCGCUACGAAAAGCUCUUUGUGGAAUUUUCCCCACGCAUCCAGACCAUUGCGCACCUUCUGACAGCCGGAGAGGUGGCAAAGAUCGUUGCCGCCUACGCAAAGGUGCGCAUGCCCGACGUUGGGGUCUUUAACGCCUGCGGUGAUCGUGCAGUGGAAGUGGUGGAUUCGUUUGAGCUGGAGGAGGCGCAGCAGGUACUGAAGGCUUUCCGAACGACAAGGAACAAGCAUGAUGGCUUGAUGGCCUCCUUUGCAACGAAGUUCCCGGAGGCGGUGGCAGCACUGCCCCCGAUGGAGGCGGGAGCAGCGGAAGAAAAUGACAAAGAAACAGAGGUCGACGGCGUCGACCUUGGCUCUGUUGAGGCGUGA